AUGCGUUUUACCCCCCAACUCUCUCUUGCCAUUCUGGGUGCCCUAGCUGCCACUGGGGAGGCUGCCCAUGGCCGUUAUGCUCGUCACGACAACCACUUGCACCGCAGAGCCCUCACUGCGGGUGGCGGUGAUGGUGGUGAAGAGUCUACCACCAACACUGUGACUGUCGUCCCGACCGCCGCAACAUCUGGAUCCGAGUCUUCGUCGGUGGUAGCAUCAUCCUCGGCGCUUCCCACUCCUGGUGACAACGGGGACGAGGAGGACUGUGAUGAAUCCCAGACCCCAUCGGUGUCGGUGCCUGUGUCCUCCGCGGCACCUGAAUCGUCGGAGGUGCCUGCAUCAACAUCCUCUAUCCCUGCUCCUGUAUCUGAGCAGCCAUCUGGACCCGAAUCUUCGUCGGUGCCUGUGUCCUCUGCGGCACCUGAAUCGUCGGAGGUGCCCGCAUCAACGCCCUCUAUUCCUGCUCCUGCUCCUCCUGUAUCUGAGCAGCCAUCUGGACCCGGAUCUUCGUCGGUGCCCGCGUCGUCGUCCUCUGUCCCUGCUCCUCCUGCCCCUCCUGGAUCUGAGCAGCCAUCUGGACCCGGAUCCUCGUCGGUGCCUGUGACACCAUCUACCCCCGUGAUUUCUUCGUCUGCAGCUGCCACUUCUGCGUCCAGCAGCUCUGUUAUUCCCCGGCCUAGCAGCACCCCUCUCAUUACCCCGAGCUCUAGUAGCAUCCCCGUCAUCCCCAGCAGCACUAGCUGGGUGACUGGAACUCCUAGCACGGAUGUUGUGACCAUCGUCUACCCCGUCGGAACGGGCAGUUCAAGCACUCUCGUCACGACUACCCUCGAAGGCCCAGCGGCUACUAGCACUGCCUAUGUGACAGGUUCUCCUAACACAGAGGUUAUAACUGUCACCCAAACCGUCGGCUCUGGUUCUUCGGCGAGUCUUUCGACACAUGUCGUCACCGCCACCAUCCAGCCCCCGGAUGUUACUAGCACGCUCGUUUUGCCCGGCGCUCCUAACUCGGAAGUCAACACUGUCAUCUACACCGAGACCCAGGGUACUAAAACAAGUGUUGUCACUACCACCAUUCAUAAGACAACUACUAGCACCCAAACCGUCUACCAAACUGCUAGUGCAGAUGCUGGUGCUGGCUCCGAUGCCGAAGUCGCGAACCCCUCUGGAGGUGCUGACGAAACUCUUACUUCCACCACCACUUCUAUUUAUUCUCUUCACCCCACUGAGACUGGGAACGCUGGAGCUGGCUCCGGCUCUGACUCCGGCUCUGACUCCGGAUCUGACUCUGGCACUGGCACUGGCUCUGGCUCUAGCUCCGGCUCCGGUUCUGGAGACUGCGCUCCCCAGGAAACUGUCACUGUAACUCAGUCCUUCACCGUCACUGUGAAUGGUGGAUCAUCUCCCACUGAUUCCUUCACUUCUCCCGACACCGAGCAGCACUUCUCUUCGUCGGCCCCUGAGCAGACGACUCAGUCAAGCUCCAGCGUUGCCGGGCCUUCGUUCACGCCUUCCCAUACUCCUUCCACUACUCCUUCCCCUACUCCUUCCCCAUCCUGGUCGCCUACCCCCAGCUCAAGCGGCUUCGUGACCAGUAGCCGUAACCCGUCCCCUGUUAAAUGGCGCCGCCGCUACCUCUAA